GUUAGUUCAAAGAUUUUCGUUACGGGAAAAAUCCGCUAGAGCGAGUUCUGUUGGCCUACUUGAACGACUCGCGUUACAACUGAAUGUUUCGAAUACUCUUCUUGGAGAUUGUGCACAGUUCUUAUACGAGAAGAAAUCUGGUUUGACAUGAGCAGUUUAAGUCUUCUGACAACAAUUUGUUUAUUAACAUUGCCAGAUUCCACCUUUGCUGAUAUUUCAUUAUGUCCUCUAGAUAUAUACCCUCAAAGAAUGCCAGACAGGGGAGAAGACAAAGAAGAACUGGCGACUGGUCUUACUAUACGUGAUAUUCUACCAACCGAUCCAAGCAAAUAUGACAAAAUGAGACCUCCCAAACGAGAUGGCAAUCCCACGAUUGUCCAUUUUCAUGUGACUGUUAUGGGACUGGACAGUAUCGAUGAAAAUUCUAUGACAUACGCUGCCGAUAUAUUCUUUGCGCAAACCUGGAAAGACCAUCGUCUUAGACUUCCGGAAAACAUGACCACUGAGUACAGGUUGCUGGAAGUUGAAUGGUUGAAGAAAAUGUGGAGACCGGAUUCCUUCUUUAAGAAUGCCAAAUCUGUUACGUUUCAAACAAUGACAAUCCCCAAUCAUUACAUGUGGUUGUAUAAAGACAAAACUAUACUAUAUAUGGUAAAGCUAACAUUGCGACUCUCUUGUGCUAUGAACUUUAUGAUAUAUCCACAUGACACUCAGGAAUGUAAAUUACAAAUGGAAAGUUUAUCACAUACGACAGAUGAUAUGAUCUUCGAAUGGGAUCCAGACGUUCCCUUAGUAGUCGACGAAAAUAUCGAGCUUCCCCAAUUGGCUCUGGUCAAAAAUAAUACCGCAGACUGUACUCAAGUAUAUUCAACAGGUAAUUUUACCUGUCUUGAAGUGGUUUUUCUACUAAAACGAAGACUCGGUUAUUAUCUUUUUCAUACUUAUAUACCAACGUGUCUCAUAGUGAUAAUGUCGUGGGUAUCGUUUUGGAUUAAGCCUGAGGCGGCACCAGCUCGAGUUACCUUAGGAGUCACUUCCUUAUUGACACUCUCGACGCAACAUGCCAAAAGCCAAGCUGCGCUUCCACCUGUAUCAUACCUCAAAGCUGUAGACGGUUUCAUGUCCAUUUGUACCAUAUUUGUUUUCAUGGCUUUAAUGGAAUAUUGUUUAGUGAAUAUCGUUCUGGGUGAUUCAGACGCUCCGAAGAAACCAGAAAAACCGAAAAAAGCCACUAGCGCUGAUAAAAUAGCGAAAGACAACACAACCCUUACUGCACCAAAAGCUCAAACCAGCCCAGCGGCGAAACAACGAAAUAGAGCUAUCAACAUUGAUAAGUUUUCUAGAGUAUUCUUUCCUCUGUUAUUUACCAUAUUAAAUUGUACAUAUUGGAUAUUGUUCGCUGAGUAUAUAUAACAUGAUUUUCUUUUUUGUAAAUUUACCAAUAUUUUGUUUAUGUAAAUAUUUAUUACUAUCGGAAAACGAUCUACAUAUUAGUGAGUGUAAAUAAAAAUAGAAUCUAAUUUUCUUUUUUGAUGGCCCCAAUACAGUUCCAACUGUACGUUUCGAUUGAAUUGCUAAGCAUAUUACCAGGUCAAAACUACUAGUGCUUGUAAAUUAGGGAAAUCCAUUAUGUAACGAUUUUAGAUGCUAAAAAUAUAAUAAAUUCAAUCUG